CGACGACUCUGACGUUGACGUUUGAAGUCGAUCAAAGUGUCAUCAACAAAAAAUAAAUGAAGUUGUGAACAAAUAACCAUAAUAUUUAUUAUUUUUAUCAAAUCAUUGUCAAGAAGACUGGUUAUAAAACUGAUAGACAACUAUGUGUGACAGUGACGAUCCAGGCGAUAAUGGUCGCUCAGGCUUGGACUUGACUGGAUUUCUGUUUGGAAACAUUGACGAAAGCGGUCAACUUGAAGAUGAUGGCCUUCUUGAUGGGGAUUCUAAGCGAAUGCUCUCGUCGCUUAAUCGGCUAGGGCUUGGAUCUAUGCUAUCAGAGGUACUUGAGGAAGAAGAACUCUCCAAAGAAGAUGAGGAGAAAGAUUACACAGAAAAAAGUCCAUCUGCAGUAGAUUUUUUUGACAUUGAUGAUGCUGCAGAGGAUCUAAAGCCGGAACCCAAAGAAGAAAACAACAAGGACUGGAUGAGCAAAGAGAAUGAUGAAGUGUAUGAACAGUCUGAGCAUCAGUCGACAAAUGAUGAAGGUUAUGAGGGAGAUAUGGAAGGUGAUGGUGGCCUCAUGCCGCCUCCAUCAGUCAUUCCGAAACCUCAAAGGUCUGAAAAACCAAAGAAAUUGGAAACUCCAUUGGCAGCUAUGUUGCCAUCUAAAUAUGCAAAUGUGGAUGUUACAGAACUGUUUCCAGACUUCAGACCAGAUAAGGUUCUCCUAUUUUCACGUCUCUUCGGGCCGGGGAAGCUAUCGAGUCUGCCACAGAUAUGGCGCGGGGUGAAGAAACGCAGGCGUCGCAAGCGCAGCGGAAGCACGGGCAGCGACACUCCACCGCUGAUGCCUGAAACGCAGGAGUUGCAGUGCGCAAGCGAUGACGAGGACAAACUUCUCAAACCCAUGGAAGAGAGUCAGCACUCUAACACAGAGAACAACCAAUCGUCGUCUGGUGAAAAGACUCAGAAGCUGACGCCCGCACACUGGCGAUUCGGCCCUGCGCAAGUGUGGUACGACAUGCUCAACGUGCCUGAAACCGGCGAAGGUUUCGACUACGGAUUCAAGCUUAAGGAUCCAUCAUCAGAACCUGAAGAGAAACCAAAAGAACCUGAACCAGUGACUGACACAGAGUCAAGAGACAGUCCUGAUAGUGGAUUUCCGGACGAUUCAUUCCUCAUGGUGUCACAGCUACAGUGGGAGGAUGACGUCAUUUGGGACGGCAACGAGAUUAAACACAAGGUCUUAGCUAGGUUGAACAGUAAGAGCAACGCCGCAGGUUGGGUUCCCACUUCAGUCAGUCGGACCGCUCAGCAGUUCUCACACCCGCGCCCCCAAGCACCUGCGCCUUUGCAAACAAAACCGGCCACUUCUACAGCAUCAGCAGCCAAUGCUCAGCCAGGGGCAGCAACCGGAGAAGGGGAAGACAACACUUGGUACAGCAUAUUCCCCGUGGAGAACGAGGAGUUAGUGUACGGAAUGUGGGAAGACGAAGUCAUAUGGGAUGCAGAGAGCAUGCCUAAGAUACCCAAACCGAAGAUACUGACGUUGGAUCCAAACGACGAGAAUAUUAUACUCGGGAUUCCAGAUGAUGUAGACCCUUCAAAGAUUACUAGAGAGCGUGGACCUGCACCAAAAGUGAAGAUUCCACAUCCUCACGUGAAGAAAUCUAAGAUAUUAUUGGGCAAAGCUGGUGUGAUUAAUGUAUUACAAGAGGAUGCGCCGCCACCGCCGCCGAAGUCGCCAGAUAGAGAUCCGUUCAAUAUUUCAAAUGACGUCCAUUACCAAACGAAAUCUCAGAAUCCACGACUGAAAGUCGGUGGCGGUCAACUAAUUCAACACAGCACUCCCGUAGUAGAAUUACGCGCGCCAUUCAUACAAACCCAUAUGGGUCCAGCGAGACUGCGAGCCUUCCAUCGCCCCGCUAUGAGGAAAUUGUCUUAUGGGCCUUUAGCUGCCCCUGGCCCGCAUCCGGUGCAACCCCUACUGAAGCAUAUAAAGAAGAAAGCUAAGCAACGUGAAGCUGAGCGUCUCGCGUCCGGUGGUGGAGACGUAUUCUUCAUGCGCACUCCCGAAGACCUCAGCGGUCGCGACGGCGAGUUAGUACUGGUGGAAUUCUGCGAAGAACACCCGCCUCUUAUAAGCCAAGUGGGAAUGUGCACAAAGAUCAAGAACUACUACAAGCGGACGGCUACGAAGGACAGUGGCCCGAAACCAUUGAAAUACGGCGAAACGGCAUACGCGCACACUUCGCCUUUCCUUGGUAUUCUGGCCCCUGGAGCGACGCAGCCGGUCGUAGAAAAUAACAUGUAUCGGGCGCCUAUAUACGAACACACGAUGCCGCAGACCGACUUUCUCGUCAUCAGGACUAGACAAGCAUAUUACAUUCGUGAAAUCGACGCUCUUUAUGUGGCUGGACAAGAGUGCCCCUUAUUUGAAGUACCAGGUCCCAAUUCUAAAAGAGCAAAUAAUUUCGUUAGAGAUUUCUUACAGGUCUACAUUUAUCGGUUGUUCUGGAAAUCAACCCACAAUCCGCGACGUAUCAAGAUGGAUGACAUAAAGAGGGCAUUCCCUUCACACUCUGAGAGUUCUAUACGUAAGCGUCUUAAGUUAUGCGCUGAUUUCAAACGUACGGGGCUGGAUUCCAAUUGGUGGGUGAUAAAGCCCGAAUUCCGUUUGCCGUCCGAAGAGGAGAUUCGAGCUAUGGUAUCGCCCGAACAGUGCUGUGCGUACUUCAGCAUGGCUUCCGCCGAACAAAGGCUGAAAGACGCUGGAUACGGAGAGAAGUUCAUAUUCACACCGCAGGAGGACGACGACGAAGAGUUGCAGCUCAAGAUGGAUGACGAGGUCAAAGUGGCGCCAUGGAACACAACCCGCGCUUACAUUCAAGCUAUGCGUGGGAAAUGCCUACUCCAACUAACGGGUCCCGCCGAUCCCACUGGAUGCGGCGAAGGUUUCUCAUACGUGCGAGUUCCGAACAAACCCACCCAACAACCGAAUGAGGAACAACAGCCCAAGAGAACGGUUACUGGAACAGAUGCCGAUCUGAGAAGGCUCAGUUUGAACAAUGCCAAAGCAUUGCUCAGGAAAUUCGGCGUGCCCGAGGAAGAGAUAAAGAAGUUGUCCCGUUGGGAAGUCAUUGAUGUGGUGAGAACACUUUCUACCGAGAAGGCAAAAGCAGGCGAAGAAGGCAUGACUAAGUUCUCCAGAGGAAACAGGUUUUCCAUUGCUGAACAUCAAGAGAGAUACAAAGAAGAAUGUCAGCGCAUAUUUGAGCUACAAAACCGUGUGCUGCAAAGCACUGAAGUUUUGAGUACUGAUGAGGCUGAAAGUUCGGUUAGUGAAGAGUCUGAUUUGGAGGAGAUGGGCAAGAAUCUCGAAAAUAUGCUUGCUAAUAAGAAAACAACAGAACAGCUGUCAUUGGAAAGAGAAGAAGCGGAGAGGGCGGAGUUAAGGAAAAUGAUACUUGGUCAAUCAGAAAAGAAACCACAAAUCAAUCAAAACGAUCAAAGCCAGGCCUCCAAUCAGGCCGGCCGCGUCCUAAGAAUAGUACGAACAUUUCGCAAUGCUUCCGGUCAACGGUAUACUCGCGUGGAAUUAGUACGAAAAGCGGCUGUUAUAGAAGCCUAUACGAAGAUCAGGUCAACGAAAGACGAUAACUUCAUUAGACAAUUUGCUAGUAUGGAUGAGACGCAGAAGGAAGAGAUGAAGAGAGAAAAGAGGAGAAUUCAGGAACAACUGCGUCGUAUCAAGAGAAAUCAAGAGAGGGAGAGGCUUGCAGGAAAUGUGCCUGGAAUGUCCUCGUUUCCGGGUGACAGCAUGAGUAUGUCGUCGAUGAAUGAUCUUAGCUCUCCAUCUCCCGGACUAAUGCUGCUGGGUCAGAUCAAGCAAGAACCCGAUGUGCACACGCCGUCGCGACGAAGAACUAAACUAAAACCUGAUCUCAAGUUGAAGUGUGGUGCUUGUGGUAAUGUUGGACACAUGCGUACGAACAAAGCAUGCCCUCUGUACACCGGCGCUAUGGGCGGCGGACCUCCUUCGCCCCCAGAAAUGGAUGUGGAGGCACCGCCCGAGAUCGAUGAGGACGACCUCGGUGGAUACGUGGAUGGCACCAAGCUGACGCUGCCAUCUAAACUAAUUAAGCAAUCAGCGGAAGACCUCAAACGUCGCGGCAAAGGCGGUCGCGGAGAAUUUCGCGCGGCGGGGCGUAACAAAAGACGCGGCACCGCUUCGGAAUCCUGCGAUUAUUUAGUCAAGAGACCGGCGGAGAGACGACGAACGGACCCGCUUGUUACCCUCUCCUCGCUAUUGGAGGAUGUGCUCAACCAUAUGAGACAUAUGCCGGAUGUUCAGCCGUUCCUGUUCCCUGUCAAUCCUAAGAUGGUCGCGGAUUACUAUCGCAUCGUGUCAAGGCCGAUGGACUUACAAACCAUACGUGAAAACCUACGACAAAAGCACUACCAGAGCAGAGAAGAUUUCCUCGCAGAUGUCAAUCAAAUCGUCGAAAAUUCAACCCUUUAUAACGGUCCAACGAGUAGUCUGACGGUGGCAGCACAAAGAAUGUUGCAGAGAUGUGUCGAAAAACUCGCAGAAAAGGAAGAGCAGAUCAUAAAACUCGAGAAGCAAAUCAAUCCACUUCUUGAUGACAACGACCAGGUGGCGCUUUCCUAUUUAUUAGACAAUCUGUUGACGACAAAGCUUAAGGUGAUGCCGGAAGCAUGGCCUUUCCUGAAACCGGUAAACAAGAAGCAAGUGAAAGAUUAUUACAGCGUCAUCAAGAAACCCAUAGACAUGGAGACGAUGAAAAAGAAAAUAUUAGCCCACAAAUACCACAGUCGCGAUGAGUUCUUGCGCGACAUACAGCUACUGGUGGACAACUGCCGGGCUUACAACGGCGUCCACUCGCAGUUUACUAGGCAAGCUGAAGCUAUUAUGAAAGUCACACAAGACGCACUUGAACAGUUCGGUGAAAACGUUAGCCAGCUAGAAGCAAACAUCGCCCGCGUACAACAGAAGAUGCUAGAAGACGCCGAACACUCAGAUUUGGACGUGGAAGAGCCAGCACCGCCUUCGGCAGGGCCAUCUGACGAGAAACGGGGACGCGGAAGGCCGAGGAAACAUAAAGCUUCCACCUCCGGUGCUUCGGCUGAUGGAGCUACGCCAAGGAAGCGCGGUAGACCGAGAAAAGACCAAAACAGUUUGGAAGAAGACUUGCAAUAUUCGGAUAGUGGUAGUUCUGAACUCGAGGAAGUGGAACAAAAGGACGCGAUCGAAGGACUGGUGCAACUUUCUGUACGACCAGAAGAUGACAUAAUGCCAAUGGGUGAAUCGAGCUUCGACACGUCAGAGUUCUUGAUAAAGAGAGAGGUGAUGGACGAACCGCCCCCACCGACCGAUGACCUGGUCGAUUUGGACCAACAACCGACCGAUUACACCUUCCCCACUGUUGUCAAGGAGGAGCCAAUAGAACCAGAUAUGCACAUGGACCCAACUGUAAUGGAGGGUACUUCGAUAGAACAGCCACAGUUCAAGGAAGAGCCGCCGGAGAACUGGCAGCCGGAUCCCGCAAUACAAGACGAUUUGCAAGUCACUGAUAGCGAAGAAGAGGCAGAAGAUGGACUAUGGUUCUAAAUGAAUAAUUAAAUAUAAAUACAAUAUAGACUUUCGAAUAAUAGAAAUAUAAUGUCUCAAAACCAUACGUAGACCUCGGUGAACGGAGAACUUUUGUAAUUUGAUCAGCACAUCAGUAAUGAUGAGAAUCGUUAUCUCACAUCAAAGAUACAUAAUCGUGAUUGAUUUGUUGACCAUUGUACAGACUUUAUUAUAUCAAAUAAUUAAAUUACUUUUUAUGUUUAAUAAAAUAAAAAUGUAACUACACACUAUGAUUAUUAUUUUGACAAAUGUUAUAUGUACCUGAAUGAAGCACUCCCCAAACACGAACUUUGACAGAUCCGUGUUCGUAUCGCCAUCGUUAAAGUAUCUAUGGAAUCUAAGCAGCACCCCUACCGGACGUAAGAAAAAUGUAUUUACCUCUAUAGAAACUUGAACGAUGGCAAUAUGGAUACUUUCUCGUUAGUUGUUCGUAAUUGGGGACUGAACUAAAACAUCUUGGGGCCCACUCGAAUGCACUUACCGCUCGAACUAAAUAAUUAUUUAAAGAUCUUAUAUA